AAGAAGAAGAAGGAGAAGGAGAUCAUAAAAAAUUUGGUAAGAAACGUGAAAAGAAACGAGCAGCGACUGGUAAACGUGAUCGAGAUGUUAUUGGUGGUGAUGUAUUUCCAAGAUAUUCUACAAUUGGUCAAUUAACUAAUGCUACAGUGGUUGCUGAACCACCGCCAGCAUUUGCUAGAUAUAUGCUUCGAAAAAGUGUUGAUCGACUUAAUUCAGAGUUUCGAGUUAUUGUUGAAUUUCGAUCACGACUUGAAGAGAUUCAACACAGAAGAUAUGCAGAAAAUCUUGGAUAUAGACGCCAGAGUCGAGAUAAUAUUCUCGAUGCAUAA